ACACGUUUUCUUUAACUGUGUUUGUUUUCUUCUCUUCUCUUCUCUUCUAUGGCCUGGUUGUUAACCAGGUCUUAACCAGCUUCGAAUUCUCUCUCUUUUCCCUCUCACAUUCUUCAAUUUUCCACCCUUUUCACCAACAAUGAAUGAUCUUCUAACGGAAUCAUUUGAGAUCCCUCGUGGUCGUGGAGGUGGUGACAUUGAGUUGGGAGAAUAUGGAAGGAAUUCAGGAGAGCUUGGCUUGGAUAGUUUCUUCAAAAAGGUUCAGGAGCUUGAGAAACAAUAUGUGAAGCUCGAUAACCUUUUGAGAAAGCUCCAGGAUGCCCAUGAGGAGACCAAGGCUGUGACCAAAGCUCCUGCCAUGAAGGCUAUAAAGCAGAGAAUGGAGAAGGAUGUUGAUGAAGUUAAGAAAACUGCAUAUUUCUUAAAGACCAAAGUUGAAGAGCUGGACAAAGAGAAUUUGGCUAAUAGGCAGAAGCCUGCUUGUGGAAAAGGAUCGGCUGUUGACCGGUCAAGAACAGCAACGACAAUUGCCUUGAAAAAGAAACUGAAGGAGAAGAUGGCUGAAUUUCAGAUCCUGAGAGAAGCCAUCCAUGAAGAAUAUCGUGAGGUUGUUGAGAGACGCGUAUUUACAGUAACCGGCGCGAGAGCUGAUGAGGAGACAAUUGACAGAUUAAUUGAGACCGGUGACAGCGAACAAAUUUUCCAGAAGGCUAUUCAGGAACAAGGACGAGGCCAGGUAAUGGACACCCUAGCAGAAAUUCAAGAACGACACGAAGCAGUCAGGGAUGUUGAGAGGAAAUUGCUUGAUUUACAACAGACAUUUAUGGAUAUUGCAGUGUUAGUUGAUGCACAAGGCGACAUGCUUGACAACAUAGAAUCACAGGUUUCAAGUGCAGUAGAUCAUGUGCAGCAAGGAAAUAAUUCCCUCCAAAAGGCAAAGAAAAUGCAAAGAAACUCAAGAAAAUGGAUGUGUAUUGCCAUCAUGAUACUUCUCAUUGUUGUUGUAAUCAUUGUUGUUUCUGUCAUCAAACCCUGGGUUACCAAAAAGGGUGCAUAGUUAAUCGGUAACACAUUGUUUCCACAACAAUUAAGUAUCAAUAGUCCUAUUCAUAAUCCAUUCUUUUUGUUAUUAUUAAGGUUGAAACAAACAUUGGUCUCCUUUUUAAGAGAUUAAUGUACUUAAGAAAAUUAAUUAACUUCACUACAUUAUAUAUUUGCUUAUUAUAUUUAUCA